CCCUCCGUUUACCUGCGCGCGUCGCGUUCGGAAGCGCCGUCAUAGGGCUGCAAACUUGAGCGGGAGCAUGCGCAGUGCGGGGAGCGGGCUUGGCGGGGACAUCCAGCAACUCUUCAUCUGUUGCCAUGGGGUGUCUGUUCUCUCUCGGGAGUAAUGUGUCUUCCCGGCAGAGAAGAGAGAAUGAUGACGACUUACUAGACAGCAGAGAUCGUGAGGAAGACAUUGCCAAGUUUCCGUAUGUUGAGUUCACAGGUCGGGACAGCAUCACCUGCCCAACUUGCCAAGGCACUGGCUGUAUUCCCACAGAGCAGGUAAAUGAGUUGGUGGCACUAAUACCAUACAGUGACCAGAGGCUCCGUCCCCAGAGAACGAAGCUCUAUGUGCUGCUGUCUGUGCUGCUCUGCCUUCUGAUAUCAGGGCUGGUGAUUUUCUUCCUGUUUCCACACUCGGUCCUUGUGGAUGAUGAGGGCAUCAAAGGGGUUCAAGUUUGGUUCGACCAGAAAAACUCCAUUGUCAUUCUUGCCAUCACGACCACCCUGAGGAUCAGAAACUCCAAUUUCUAUUCGGUUGCAGUAGCCAGCCUAGCCAGCCAGGUGCAGUACAUGAACACUGUGGUUGGAAGCCAACAGAUUACCAAUGUGUCCCGCAUCCAGCCGCUGAGCGACAAACUGGUGAAUUUCACUGUGAAAUCAGAGAUGGGUGGACCUUUCUCCUAUGUGUAUUUCUUUUGCACAUUACCCAAGGUCAAGGUGCAUAACAUAGUGAUCUUCAUGAGAACAUCAGUGAAAAUCUCAUACAUCGGCCAUGUGACUCAGAGCUCCUUGGAAACGUAUCACUAUGUAGAUUGUGGCGCUAAUUCCACAGCGGUCCAGGACCCUCGGCCUGUGUCCACCCCACAUACUCUAGAUAGUGUAACCAAAGAGAGGACGAUACUCUGAAGACACCUGAGUCAACUAAUACUUCUCUUGGGGAAGUGAUCAUGCAGACUGACUUUUAUUAUGAAUUAUGUACCUGUAGGCAGGAUCACAAGGUGGAAUGGAAUAGAGAGCUCAUUGAUGUCCUUGGAGAAACUUGGAGUGAACAGGAGGUGUCUGAAAUCACGUGGCACUUCACGUUAAUGCAUAUGCAACUUGGCUGCACCGCUUACCUUUUGGGCAGUGAUUUGAGAGUGUGUCCACUUGUGAUCCAAUCUGAUCCUCCCCAAAACAUGCUGAGUUCCCACCCACUCAUAACUUGACAUCGAUCUGGUAUUUAGCUGCUGCAAUGAAUUUCUUAGAAUUGAACCCAGAAGAAAUCAAGGAACUGUUUUAAAUAUAUCUUUCAAUGGAAAGACUCAAUGAAAUUCAAAGAAGGCUUCAGACUCUCUCAUUGCCUUGGGAUAAAUGCUGGGGAUUGAAUUUGGCUGCUGUUUGGUGGGUUCUGCUCUAUUUUUUUGGUCCUUUCCAGACAAACAUGCUGUUUCGGUGAAACUCUCUUUUUGCCCCUUGUUCUGCUUAGUGACAGCACACCAUUAAAAUAUGUUAUGGCAUUUUGUUAGUAGGAUUUCUACGCAUAGUCAUUCCAGGAGAGAUUGGCACUUAUAUUUAUUCUCUGUAGAUGGAACUUGUGACCGAUGCUGGAAGGGGAAAUAAUUGGAGCUAACCAGCAUAUGUUCCAUUUGAGGUGGUGGUUUGCUUACUGACUAAGUUAUCUGAGGGUGUCCCUCUACAGUGUAUCAAAUCCCUAUUGUCUUAGUGAUGGCUGUGUUUCAGUAGGUUCACCGCUCCAAUGGAGUCGUACUGAUUUCCUUGUAUGGACCAUAAAGCUCUUGGGCCUUUUUCCUUCAUGCAGUGUUUUGAAGCUACUGCUCUAGGUAUAUGUUGUAAUUAAAGUUCUUGGGUGUCACUGAAGCUAGGGAACCUGUCACCGAGCAGUUUGAUCUGUGUACUUGCUGCUUUCUUUUAGCAGGAAAACUUUUUGUACCAGUUUGUAAGGGCCAGUAUUUUAGAAUAGCAUUUUUGUACUUCUGUAUAUUUUCGCUAAAGGAAGGGAUUUAGAGAUUACAUAUGCAGUAUCCUUGUGUAGUUUUUUCCAGACAUUGGCUCCCUAUUACAUGGGGAUUUGGCUGAGUGCAGACUUGAGCUGAUUUCACUUAAGUUAAUGAGAGUUGCCUGUCUCAAAUGCUCAUUUUAGUGAUGCAGUUUAUAUCUUAGGAUGUAUAAUAGCCAGUUAACCCUGGUACAGAAGGCCAAGCACAAGGUAUUUUAGUUUUAAAUUUCUCACUUCAAAUGAUUCUGUAGGCUGCUUCUGAGCCAGACUCUUGCACAUCAUGAUUUCAGGGCUCUUAAAUUCACUGUAAUUCAACUCCGCUUCCCCAUUUCUUUUGGGCUAAAUCAACUGGCAUCUUUCUCUAUCUUGCUUUAGAGGAAAUAGCUAUGCUAGUGGGGAGGAAAAACCAAACAGUCAAACUCUGAAAAGGAAACUGAUAUCUAAAAUGUUUCAUUGAAGAAAGCUUGUUUGUUGUUGGUGUGAAGUAGAAAAUGAACCUUAUUUUAAGAAAACGUUACUAUUGUAUAGAAUUGCACUUUACUGGCAGAAUUUCUAGAGCUGAAUCUUGCUAGACAAAUAAAACCUGAGAUUAUUUACCACUAA